AUGAGUCAACCGGUGGAACAAUUUCUGAAACCGAAACCAGCUCAAUUUGAUGGUGCUGGAGAUCCAGAGAUGGCACCUCGUUGGAUUGAGAAACCGGAGAAGGCCUUUGAGGUUCUUGGGUGCACCGAUGAGGAGAAGGUGACCCUAGCGGCUUACCGGUUAGAGGAUACCGCAGAUGAUUGGUGGAAGGCCACCGGAGGAAGGAUAUUUCCCGAGGGCGCUACUCUCACUUGGAUUGCCUUUACUGAGGCAUUUAACGGGAAGUAUUUCUCGGAGACCGCUCAGGAGCGGAAGUUGGUAGAGUUCCAACAACUUCGCCAGAACCGGUUAACAAUCGACCAAUAUGAGGCGGAGUUCGCUAGAUUGUCAAGGUACGCGCCGAGGAUGGUGGAGAACCCAAUAGACAAGGCACGAAGAUUUAGGGAUGGAUCGAGACUCGACCUUCGCAAUCGAAUGAUUGCACCGAACUUGAGGACUUAUGAAGAGAUGUAUGAGAGAGGUCAAAUGAUUGAAAGAGACAUGAAGGAAAGGGCUGCCGCAUCUGGUUCGCGGUUCGCUCCUAUUAGAGACCGUCGCCGGUUUGGCAAGAGGCCAAUGGCGGACAACAGGCGCUUCGUCCCUCCACCCUGGAAGAAUAUUGGGAAGCCAAACCAUCGUACCAGCUGGAACUGUCGUUUAUGUGGUAGGAGGCAUGGGAGUGGACCUUGCCCAAGUAGGACGAGCGCGUGCUUCAAGUGUGGCCAGCUGGGUCACCAAAUAAGGAACCGCCCGAGUCAAGCUCCGGAACAGCGAUCGCAAGGACAACGGCCUCGGUAUGGAUCACCGGCGGGAGCCGCCCCGCGUAACGACUUGGGUAGGCCGCCAGCUCAAGGAUGA